AUGACGGACGAUGAGCCGCGCCAGCUCUUACCCGAGGCUGAGUCGCACCAAAACCUAUCCAACAAACUUGGCGCUUCUCGACCCCUUCCACCCAGAAACCGUAGUAACAGAGCAACAGCAUCGCUCGCCAGGCCAUCAUUGCCAAUGUCCGAAGCAGCUGCUGCUGCGAACACGGCCAGCAUUGCUCCUCGCCAACCGAGGGGUACCAAAGACGAGCUGGAAAGUUCGCACGACUCACAGGCGACUGCAAACAGCCACAAUGACGAUCGAGCACAUCUUGAAGCCUGUGGAACUGCAUCUCCUGAAAAGAUGGCAGUACAGAGAACAGUCUCGGGCACUUCGGUGCGCAGCGUUCGCUCCAUUGGCGCUACAGCAGACAUCCCCAAGGAGGAGAUCGAAAGAGCGCUCGAGGGUUUAGAUCGGGAUGACCUCGUUGUUGCUCUUGGACGCGCAAAGGUGCAAAUGGAUGAGAUCGAGGCUCAGCUCGACAGCCAAGUACUCCAGAAUGAGACCUUGCACGAUUCUGCCACUUGCUUGACUCAGCAAUUGGCCAAGGCCGAAUCUCAGGUAAACUCACUGCAGUUGCUUGUCAAGCAGAGGGAGGAGAGGAUCGACGAGGUCAUGGCCGACCAGGAGCGCAUGGAGGGCGAAGUCUAUUCCACCAUGCAGAUCAUCGAGCGCCUCCGCAAACAGCUCUCCGAGACCGAAAAAAGUCGCAACGAUGCCGAGAGACGCUACCUCGAUCAAACAGCCACCAUGGACAAGGAGCGUCAAUACUACCAAGACACUGAGGCACUCCUCAAAUCGCAAAAAGCCACACAAGCCUCAGCCUACGACAAGCUUCUCUCCAGUCAUAACGAACUGCUUCGCGAGCACGAGCGCAUCACUAAUCGCCUCGCGUCCAUCAAGGCCAGCACAGGCAUACCAGGCCUCGAGUCGCCCCUUACAACCACGCGAGAGCUGACUUCCGAUACACGGCUCAAUGGCCAGGAUACGUCAUCACAGGAAGCCGUAGACUACGAGCAGAGCGCACCUAGCCACAUUAGCCAAUCGCAAAUGUCUGCUGGUGUCGGUUCUGCCAGACUUGCCUCCUUCGCCGAGGAGCGAGACAUGGCUGCCCUUCUCGAGGAACUUUCUACGCUUCAAAGGUCCCACUCAUCGCUUUCAGAGACCAUGGCUACCCUGCAGGCUGAGCUCAAGGAUGUUCGAGCCGAGAACGCUACCUUGCGCGACCAGAAUGAGACCUUUAUGGACAUUCUCCAAGAGAAGACGUUCAGUGGUGCACUGCUCAACGAGAGUGCGAUGCUUCGUGGCAUUCGACGAGCCUCGAAUCGACGUUUCCGCGCGCAGGACGGUCUUGAAGAUCCCUACGACGAUGACUACAUCACUGAGACUGGCUCUUUGGGCACCGAUGACACCGAUGAUGAUGACCAGUCCGGCAGCACUUCCAUCUCACCCGGCACCAUCCCCGAGGAGGACGAAGACGACGUCGAUGAUGUUCCCGACACACCAAAGGCUCCGUCCACUCGAAUUCAAAGCUCUCGUCGAAGGCGCGCCGGUUCCGGCACCCUCUUACCAGCAACCAAUUUGGCAUCCGAACUCGAAGAUACAUCCAGCGACUCCGUGGCUGCCAGUCCCAGCGGCGAUCAAUUGGCACGAGAGAAGCGCACUAGUCAACGAGUCGGUGCUGUAUCGGACAGCAUCAACGAGUUGCAGCAAGAGGUUCGCGAGCUGCGCGAAGCCAAUCAGGCUCUCACCCUCUAUAUCUCCAAGAUCAUUGAUCGCAUCAUCGCACGCGAAGGCUACGAAAACAUUCUUGCUGUCGAGAAUCGUGGUACCGUUCGAGGUCCACGCCACAAGGUUUCCCGUGCCAAGCUCGGUCAGAGUCCAGAACGUAAUAAAGGAGCCAGCACAGAAAAUCUAGCUGAGUUGCGCAAUGUGUCGAGCACGCGCGCUUCCAGUCAAGGUGGCGGGCUCUUUGGCUAUGGGGCUAGCUCGGGCGGUUCUCGCACAAAGGCUCCGCCAAAGAGCAAACGCACGUCCUCGAUCGAUUGGCGCUGCUUGCCCUUCCUUGGCGGCGGUGCAAGCAGCGCCAACGAUGCGCCAGAUUCCACUUCGAAUUUGCGAUCUUUGGCUCUGCAGUCUGAUAAUCUGCUGAUACCAGCUCGCGAUGGGUCUGCUCGCAAGCUGCGAACCAGCGAGGAGAUUGAAGAUGAGCAAGAUGUAGCCGAACGUGAGCGCAUCCGACAAGAGCUGCUUAUGCGUGGCAUUCAACCGCCCAAGCAUCAGCUCGUGCAGAGCCCUACCGGACCGCGAGGACCGCGAGAGCGACGUCGUCAGAGUGUCCCGGCGACGCCUGGUGCUGGAGGUUUCGCAGCCUUCUUCUCGCGCGUCGUGGGCGGCGCAAGCUCGAAUCCAGUUUUGAGUCCGUCUAGAUCCGAUUCCCAGUCGCAGGCGUCGACGACUCCAGGCAGAAGCUCCGACACUGCGUUUGAGCGUGCCAUUUCGUCGACACCAGCUGAUCGCGAUGAAGAACGCUCUCGUGCCGUCCAGCUGUCGGCAGGAAGCGGCUCAAGCCUGACUAAACUCAACGGUGGGCAAGGCAUUGCUUCGAGAGCUCGACAGCAGCGAGCCGAAAAACUUCAACAGACGCUCGAGCUUGCCGCGGAAAGCAGCUCGGGUCACCCAUUCCCCUCGUCUUUGCACAGCAGCUCCUCGAACAGUCGCACCACCAGUGGGACCAGUAGUCACGCUGACAGCUCUAUCCUCGAGAACUCAGUUGCGGGCGACGAAAGCUACUCUUUACCAGCUCCACCGGCAGGCUCGACACAUUUGCCCUCGGAUGCAGGUCGGAUCGACUCGCCCUUGACCGGCUACGGUAGUGCUCUUCCGCCGCUGCCGCACGAGACCACGGGUGACGAAGAUCCUGAGUCGUUCCGAUCGCCGACGUGGUUGCAAAACGAGCCGAUGCCGCCACAGACCAGCCAGGAUCAAGGGUGGAAGCGCGCUUUUCGGAGGAUCAGCCUCCUCGGCACCAACUCGCACGACGCCAACGAGCAGCACACCGUGACUAGCGCCUCGACAAGCGACGAUCAGCGUAGCCCGGAAUCGGCUCCGGCAUUGUUACCGUUUUCGACCGAAGAGCGCUCGUGA